AUGCAGUCGGUUGGCAAUUUCGGAGUGGCACUGACCUUUGUGCUGGUCUUGUGUCUACUAGCCAGCAAUGUGGAAUCGAAAAAGAAACCCCGUCGAGUGGUAAUCCGCAUCAACAGGGAAACGAAUCACACGAAAAUACUCAACAGCCUGCAGAACCAGCAACUAGUGAUCGAAAGCAAAUUGGAAUUGACUUCCUCUUCGGAGGGCACUAGUUCCGCGGGCACAGAAAGUCUGAUAAACUCUUAUAAUACGGAGUUCUACGGCGACAUUCAGAUAGGCUGUCAGUCCUUCAAAAUACUCUUCGAUACGGCAUCUGCUAAUCUCUGGGUUCCCUCAUCGAAAUGCGAAGAGGCAGUGUGCCAGCAGCACAAUCAAUACAAUUCCAGCGAAUGCAGUUCCUACAUAGCCAAUGGUACAUCCUUUCAAAUACAAUAUGCCACACGGGUCACCGAGGACGUUAUCCUCAAGGGAUUCCUUUCCACGGAUACCUUAGAAAUAGCAGGACUCACCGUCAAGAAUCAGACCUUUGCCGAAAUAGUUACGUUGCCGGAAAGUGUCUUCAAUCGCUCCCAUUUUGAUGGAAUUCUUGGACUGGGCCUGGAGCAGAUUGCCAUCGGAGGGGUGACUCCUCCGUUUUAUAAUAUGAUCGCCCAAGGACUCGUCGAUCAGCCAAUUGUAUCGCUGAGUCUCACCCGAAAUGCCUCGGAUCCGAGCAACGGUGGAAAAGUGCUACUGGGAGGCUCGGAUCCCACUCUCUACAGUGGAUGCCUGACCUAUGUGCCCCUGUCGGUUGUCGGGUACUGGCAGAUCACGGUGGGCAGCUUCAGCUUGGGGUGCAGCAAGGAGAUCUGCUCCAAAUUCGAGGCCAUUAUCGAUGCCGGAACUUCGCUGAUUGUGGUGCCAGCAUGUGCCCUCAAGAAGAUCAACAAAAUUCUGGGAAUUAAGUCCUCUGACAAACGCGACGGAGUUUACACUAUUAACUGCAACAAGAUCACAAGUCUGCCAGAUAUUACCAUCAAUAUUGGAAGGAAGGACUUUACUCUGAAGCCCUCCGACUAUAUUCUCAACUACAGCGGGACCUGCGUGUCUGGAUUCACCAGCUUGGCCGGAGGAGCUCAAGACAUUAAUAUUGGAAGCGAGGACAAUUGCUGCAGUCCCUGGGUGCUGGGAGAUAUAUUCCUAAGCACUUUUUACAUACAACUCGAUUAUGAGUAUAAACGCAUUGCUAUAGGAUCUAGGGUGACUAACUAUUCCACCUCCAGUUGCUCUUAAGUCUUAAAAGCUACCUUUCAUAAUUAAUUGUAUUUUCUUAUUAGAGGGAUUUGGUAUAUAGGCUUAUUUACAAACUAUUAUUAAACUAUUAAAUUAAAAUAA